AUGAUGAUGCCGAGCGUCCUCGCCGCCUUGCGCUCGCGCUUCAUCUUGCUGGAGGCGAGCGGCUCGGACGCUUCGCUGGUCGCCAUCGCCUGCCGCCCCCGCCCCCGCCCCCGCUCCCCGCCACCGCCUCCUCCGCCCGGCGACGCGUUCGGCGUCGUCACCAGCACGUCGGGGCCCUGCAGGCUGGCGAUGCCCGCGCUGAUGCCGUUGAUUUGCAGAUAUUUUAAGAUUGGAGGCCUUACACCGCUCUUGGAAGGAUCCCUUUUAAGUGGCAUUCACCGUAAACUUCAGCUAAAUGCCUAUAUAGCUGCAGAAAGGAGAACGGGCGCACCGAGAUUUGCUGUAUCUCGUGGGGCAUUAAACGCGGGAGAGCCACCCAUCGCUGUGGCUUCGGCGCUCACAAAGGCAGCGAAAGCCGUUGCUGCUCUAAAAGGCUGCCGAGUACCCAACGUUAAGAGAGCAAGCCAAACUACAAUGAGCGAACAUGCAAACACGAGAACAUGGAGUGCAGGUGGCAGAGAUGCGUUGGCUGGCUCCGACGCGAAGGAGGCGGCAGGCGAAGGGGAGAGCACUGAGUUACCUUGUGAGUGCGUCCUCGUGCGGGCGCCCGAUGGGCCGUCGGAGCGACGCCGGGGCGCCGGGACUGCGCUCGGCCCGAGGGCGGCGGGGCGCGGGGUGCGUGGCGCGGGCGAGGGACGCGCGGCGUCUUACUGCAAGCCGUGUCCCGUGCCGCCGCCGUUCGCCGCCGCCCCCAACCCCAUGCUACUCACCAGUACAGCACCUCGGCUCGGCUGCGCCGCGCGAGCGCGCUUACGACCGUCCGCGGCGAGUUCGCGCGCCGCUUUUUACGACCGGAGAUCGCGUGCGAUUCGUCCUCGGAGGAAGUUCUCCCGUGAGGGCAUCGUUCGUGCUGCGUGCUGGCGGCGCGGCGGUAGCGGCUGUGCGGGGGCGGAGGGAGGGGCGGCGGGCGGCCGCGGGGAGGGUCGCGGGCCUCUCUCGGCGCCACCCCGAGCGGUCGUGUGGCGGAGGGGUGUUCUCGCGCAGAGGAGGCCGUGCUGGGGAGCGCGUGGCGUGGCUGGCCGCGCAAGCCAGCUGCAAGUCCUCCGGGAGCAACCGGGACAUCACACCAAAGACACCCACGCCAACAGAUAA